AUGUCGGGCACCGAGGUUCAAGCCCAUCCCGAUGCGGACCAGAAGUCACAGCCGUUUGCCAUUUUUUGGGUCACCGAUCUCGACGUUCCCAAAGAGAAGCUUCUUGAUGAUUCGGUCGACUUGAUUGAUUUUUCCGAGACUGUCAGCGUUACAGCAUUGGUCAAAUAUCGAAACUCCGCGAACGAAGUCGCUGAAGCGACGGGCUUGGUCGAUUUGUUCACGAAGCCAGACAAACCGCUGCCGUGGAAGUCCAUCGGAGUCCGAAAUGAGACUUCUACCAAGCCAGACUCCGAGCAUCGGCAGAAGACGAUCCGUGGAUGGGUCAAUGAAUGCAACGCCAAACACAAGGCAUGUGGUGCGAAAUUGUACCCGGGUGAGCCUGGUCUUGCUCCUCGACGGUUUCUGGAUAUUGGGAAAACCCCGCGGAACGGUGUCAAGCUGGUCAGCUCCUGCUCAGUCAAGGGGCCCUAUAUCACCAUCGUCCAUGGGUACGCCGGUCCGUUGCCGGCUCCUUCAUCGUCGACAACCUCGGAAAACCUCGAGGAGCGCGAAAAGCGUUUGCACUGGUGGCAGAUACCUGUGCCUCUGCAAGAAGCCAUCACUAUCGCUAGCGUAUUAGGUGUCCAAUACGUUUGGAUUCAAGAUUUUUGCGUCACUCAAGAUGUUGAAGCAGACGUAAACUGGCACCUGGCUCAAGAGGACAUCAUCUUUGAACGGUCAUACCUCACCAUCGCCUUGACAAGCACCGAAGACAUCAGGUUGAGCAAUUUCGGCUCCGAGCGAAAGAACAGCACAGCCGGCGCCGAUCACGCGGUUAACUCCGUUGCCAUUCAAAAGGCCAUGCUGGCACCCGAUGAGCAUGGCGAAAAUUACAAAAUGUUGGACGCGGUGGAAGAGCACAUGGGGCUCUUCAAGCAUGCCCCUGCGUUCCAACGCCUUUUGCUGUCUCGCAGGCUGCUCUAUCUGCACAAGUCGGAGCUGGUGUGGGACUGCCUCAAACAGCCCAGCUGCGAGUGCGGUGACCCAGUUUACUUUGGAAAAGGAAAUCGACCGCCCGUCCUUCAAAAGGCCGUCUGGAUUUCGGAAGGGUACGCCCGGAAUCCCGAACAUGUGCUCGAUCUAUACAAGGCCAUGACGCCGUCCAACCCCGAAGAGAGGCUGACAGUUGUCGCCGGCCUCUUUCGACACAUCCUCCGUCUCGAUGGAGCACAAUACUUCGCCGGCAUAGUAGCAGAUUCAUAUGCAGAGCUGGGGCUUGAGCUCCUAUGGACCAUCCUACCGCCCGAGGGGCCGCAAGGAGACCAAACUGACCAACAAUCUCCAUCUAUCCCAGACGCAUAUCGACUUCACACCAGUCACAUCCCGUCGUGGUCCUGGGCAUCCAUGGUUGUCAGCAAAGGAAGCAAAAUUGGGAAAUCCUGUUUUCAUGUGCCAAACCAGGUAUUCAACUCUUUUGCUUGCGAGGAGACAUUCGAUUCGCCAGGACUGGAGUGUGACAUAUUGCCCGGAGCCACCGAUUUUCUGCUGGCCGGCAACUACCGCAUGAAAGCCAGAGCGCAAGUUCUGCCGGUCACCGUCGUGCCGCCAAAGGGCAGAAGACCCCAACCGCCACAUCUUUUCAGCUGCUACGACGGCGAAGUCUCGGAUCCCAAAUCCUCUGUCAUUUGUCAAUUUCUGCCAGACUGCGCGCGGUUCCGCGAAUCUGUCCAAGAAAGUGACGGGUUCAAAUGUUACCUUAUGCUGCUAGGUGACAUGGGGCAAGUUGCCAUCAACGAAGCAACGGGGGAGGCAUCGUCAGAAAGAACCAAUGUGCAGGAUGUAGGCUUGGUUCUGCGAGAAUCGCCGCGUAAACAGGGUGCUUUCGAGCGGGUUGGAACGUUUGCAGUGCCACAAAGCCGCAGCACAUUUGCGAAUAUCGCGGUGCGUGACCUGAUGCUGGUCUAA